AAGAACUUACAUACUCUCACGGUCCCCACCCAAUAAGUAAUUCAAGGAAGAAAAAACAAAUAGUUCACACCUUAUUUUUUGGCUAAUGCUAUCUCACCAACCUACUCAAGUAAACGAUUGUUAUAAAUCUUUUUGACUCGUUCCAAUAAAUUUCGCUUGCAUGCUCUAUAUAAACCCCUAAUCUCCAUUCAUCCUUACAACACCAACAAAAUUCAUCAACUUACCAUACAUUGAUUUCCUCUCUUUCACCAAUUAAUUAAUUUAUUUACAUCCAAGCAUAUACGUACAACAAGAAAUGGCCAGAAAUUUUGCAUUGGCUCUUGUUCUUUUCGCAACCAUUUCAACUUUUGCCUUGACCAUGGCAAAUAACAACUGCACUACUGGUGGCGCUGCCAACUUCAACGGCACAACUGCUCGCGGUUUUUGGGGCUAUAAUUGGCCCAAAAAUACUACAAGGGUGGGCUCCAGAAAAUUCAUUGUGGGCGGAUCUGAAAAUUGGCAUUUCGGGUUUAAUUACUCCAAUUGGGCUAUCUCGAACUUACCCUUCUACAUGAACGACUCUCUGGUGUUCAAAUACGACGCGCCAAACGCGACCACAUUUCCGCACAGCGUGUACUUGCUACCGAAUUUCAAGAGCUACCAAAACUGUGACCUGAAAAGGGCAAAGAAAAUCGGGGAUGCCAACGCAGGAGUUGGGGAAGGGUUUGAAUUCGUGCUGAAAAGAUUGCAGCCAUACUAUUUCGCGUGUGGCGAAAGAGAAGGCUUUCACUGUAGAGUCGGCCAAAUGAAGUUUGCAGUCGUGCCUUUGUUCCGAGGAACGAGUAAAUUGAACCAGUUGACAUUUGGUGAAACAAGUCCUGUGCGGACCCUUUCAAGUGCGGUGUCUUGCGGCGGCCCUAUUAUGGAUGCUGGUGCCCAGCUCGGACCUCUCUAUCUUCAUUCUAUAAGGUUGUGGAUGCAACAUAACAGGGUCUGUUCGUUAACACCUCAUCUUGAUGAUGUUCGUCCUCCAUCACUCGCAGACCACUAUUCACUGGUCCUCUUUUUUUCUUGUUGGUCCACAUGUGUCUCUUUUCCACCCGCGGAUCCUUCUGGUUUAUUCGAUGAUGGAGUUAGAGCUAACCCAUGGGCAGACCACGUCUCUUGGGGCGUGAUGAGUUUGUUGGAGGAUUGUGGCCAACCCGGGGAAAGGCCGGAUCCAAAUGACGUCUUUGGCCACACGACCUCCAACUCUUUCUCGAGGUUCUUCUUGAGUUUAUCACUCGGCAUGAUUAUGACUUUGUGA